AUGCAGAGCCGCGGCAAUGACAUCGAUCGCGCCGUCAAAGGCACGUGCGAGUGGUUGCUGAAGCACGAGACAUACAUGAGCUGGGCCGCGAAUCAUCAAGGCCUACUCUGGAUCAAGGGCAAACCGGGCGCGGGCAAGUCCACGCUUCUCAAGUUCGCCUUGAGCAAGCAAAGAGAUAUGCCCAGCGCCACAGACCGCGAUCUCGUGCUGUGCUUCUUCUUCCACGGCCGUGGUGACGCUCUUCAGAGAGCACCGUUAGGCUUAUUCCGCUCCCUUCUUCAUCAGAUCCUCAAACAGAUACCCGGAGCCCUGUCAGACCUCGUCGACAGCUAUCAGGAGAAGUGCAGGGAGAUUGGUGAUCCAUCAGAAGCGUGGCAGUGGCAUCCAGAAGAGUUGUGGCACUUUCUGGAGGCUUCAGUUCCUCGGAUUCUCGGGGCUCGUCCAAUCUGGUUGUUUGUCGACGCGCUGGAUGAAUGUGGCGAGGCGGAUGCGGUGGACUUGGCGAUGAAGUUCAAGUCUCUGCUGGACAGCUUACCAUCCUCUGCAACCCAGGACAUUCACAUCUGCUUCAGCUGUCGCCACUACCCGAUACCGCCAGAUCUAGAUGGCGUAUUCGAGAUUUGUGUCGAAGAUGAGAACGGAGAUGAUGUUUCCGCCUACGUGCGGCAAAGGCUCUCAGCGACCUUUGUCCGCGAGGCAUCUUCCAUUGCGGACCUGGUCACUUCUCGUGCAGCAGGCGUCUUUAUGUGGGCGCGACUCGUGCUGGAGCGUGUUCUCCGCCUUGAGCGGCAGCGAGCCAGUUGGGGGAAGAUCCAGGAUGAGAUCUGCUCUAUCCCCCCCGAUAUGGACAGUCUAUACCUGGACCAUGUCCAGAGAAUGGAGGACAAGGUCGCUUCCUUGAGGCUCAUUCACUGGCUCUGCUUUGCCGUGAGGCCCUUGUCACUUGUGGAGGUAUAUUGGGCCCUGGCCGUCGACGCCGAUUGCCCGCACAAGUCCUUGAAAGAGUGCGGAAGCACAGAAGACUAUGGCACUGACGAGGACAUGGAACGGCGAGUUAUAGCGCUGAGCUGCGGACUGGCUGAGUCCGUUACCUCAACCUCCCAGACAAAUAUUGUGCAAUUUAUCCACCAGUCCGUCAAGGACUUCUUCGUCGACAAAGGGCUGCUAGUCUUGGACAGCAGCUCGGCAACGGUCAACGAAGCCAUUGGAAGGGCGCAUUUCUUGCUAUCCAGGACAUGCAUACACUAUGUUUUGAUGGAAGACUUUUGCGACGUAAAAACCUUCAGUUGGUAUGAAUUGGCAGCUCAGUUUCCCUUCAUAACUUAUGCUGCCACAGGAUGGACAACGCACGCGCAUGAGAGCGAUAGUCUAGGUGUUUCCCAGGACGAUCUCCUCCAGCUGUUCCGUUGGCCGUCAAGCGACCUUUUGAAUCAGUGGGCUCGAGUUCUCGACCGGGUGGUCACAAAUGGGCUCGACCGUCAACCGGAAAAGUCCAGUCUUGUGCAGGUUGCAGCGAGGUACGGGCUUACAGGACUCUUGUCCGCCAUUCUACAAGAUACCACUCUCCUACUGGAGGAAGGCGUCGAAGUCGACUCGAGGAGUCUCUAUGACGAGACACCUCUCUUGUUAGCUGCGGAAUAUGGUUACGCGGGCGUCAUUGCUCUCUUACUUGACAAGGGUGCCGCGGUCGAUGCAAAGGAUAUUGACGGUCGGACGCCACUAUUGCGAGCUGCUUGGCGAGGGCACGAGGCGGUGAUUAGACUGUUGCUGGCGAACAAUGCAGACGUCGAUGCUGAGGAUGAGGAAGGCGAAACGGCGCUU